AGCACGUCUUUACAUGGCACAGACCGACCGCUUUCUUUUGGUCUUCUUCCUGUCACUACUCUACACCUAGGGGCUGAGUUCUUGUUUCUGACCUUGAACUAUUUUGGCUCGAGAAAGGUUUUCCGCUAGCCCUUGCCGAUACUCCGGACGACCAGCACCUCUUGACACCAUGCCCGCGCCUCUCGACCGUACAGAGAACACGACCGGGUCCUCUGAGGCCGUCCCUCAUUACAAGGACAAGGAAGGUAAACUUGAAUCACAAGACGCAGUCGUCGAUCGAUUCGCUGCCCUGAAAGAAGAGGACGGAAACCAUGAGAUCAACUUUCGAACAUUAUCGUGGCAGAAGACGGCCUUGCUCCUGUUUGGAGAGUAUGUCUGCUUGGCCAUUCUCGCUCUGGCCUGGAGUUGGAGUGUCGUCGGAUGGAUCUGCGGAUUCUUCAUCACAUUCGGCCUGGGGAUUAUCACCUGGUACACUUCAUACGUCUUAUGGCAGUGGUGCAUGAUCCACCCAGAAGUACAUGACAUUUGCGAUUUGGCUGCCCAUCUCUUCCCAUUCAUACCGAGGACCGCUUACGAGAUCACCGCAAUCAUGCUACUGCUCAACAACAUCUUUUUGAUUGGGUUCCACGUUUUCACUGGGGCAAAGAUCUUGAACACUUUGAGUGACAGUGCCACAUGUACCGUGACCUUCCAAGCCGUUACCGCUGUUAUUGGAAUCCUCGUGUCUAUCCCGCGCACGCUUAACCACGUCUCGCUCAUGUCUAUGGGUUCUGCCGUCUGUAUGGCCAUCGCCAUCAUCCUCUCACUGAUCUACGCUGGAAUCGAGGACGCUCCCGGGUACGGGUAUGGAGGAAGCUAUCCCAAGCAAGGACCCGUCCAGACUUCCAUCGGUCUUCCCAGUCCCGCUCCAGGCUUCAUCAAUGGCCUCAAUGCGGUUCUCAAUAUCACCUUUUUGUGGAUCGGACAAAUCCUGUAUCCCUCAUUCAUUGCCGAGAUGAAGAACCCUGCAGAUUUCCCAAAAGCUCUCGCCGCCCUGACCAUCAUGGAAUUGGCCGUUUUCUGUAUCGUCGCUGCCGUCGGAUAUCACUUUAUCGGCCAAUAUUCCACCGCGCCAAUCAUUGGAUCCUUGUCUGAACCUUGGGCUCGUAAAUCUGCGUUUGCCUUUGUCCUUGUUCCCACCGUCGUCAUUGGUGCCAUCUACUCCAAUGUCGCCUCCAAAUUCAUCUACCGACGGAUCCUUGGCAACUCGCGUCAUACUCACAGUCAUACCUUGAUCGGCUGGGGAACCUGGAUCGGCUGCGUUGUCUUCAUCUGGGUCGUUGCUUUUGUGCUCGGAAAUAUCAUUCCCUCCAUGGGAGAUUUCCUGGGUAUCAUGUCCUCCGCCUUUGACUCGUUCUUUGGCUUCAUCUUCUGGGCCGUCGCGUACUGGCACAUGAACCGAGGAAGUUUAUGGUCAAGCCCCCUCAAGAUAGCAUUGAGUAUUGCCAAUAUUCUCAUAUUCGGUCUGGGCUUGUUCAUGCUUGGACCAGGACUCUACACCUCGAUCGAUGCCAUCAUAACUGACUACUCUAGUUCCGUCAGAGAACCAUUCACUUGUCUUUCAAACGCGUUAUAAUGGUCCAAAACGUGUAUCAGAUUGGUAGUGUACAUGCAUAACCUGGAGCUCA